AUGACCCCCCAGACCACCCUUCGCAGACAACGGCCUCGCACGGCGACCAACCCCCCGACCGCCCCCUCCAUCCCCUGGAGCCACCAUCAAGGCUCGAGCUGUGGUCUGAACCUGGAUGUGGAUGCCAGUCUCUGCGAUGAACAAGAACAAACCUUGGUGGAAGUCUUCAACAAAGAAUGCGUUUUAGAAGAGAAAGACCACACUGUGCCGCCGCCGCCCCGACGACGGGGGGCGGCCAAGAGCUUCUCGCACCUGCGUCACCCGGUCGGCGGCCUGCGGGCGCUGGGCCGCCGUCUGUCCGUCUCGAUCCGUCACAAGUCGUCGUCCAAGCAUGCCGCGCAUGAGGAGGGAACAACCGGUCACAGACGGAAUGUGUCUGGCAAUGGCGGGGACUCGCACUCCCCCUGGUGCCGUGAGCCCAGUAUCAACCGACGCCCCUCGCUCAACAGUGUGUCCGCCCUGCACAGCUUCUAUGCGCCCACCACGUUGAUCACCGCACCUAUCCCCGGACGCGGGCUGGAACAGCCUCCCAUUCUUCCCAACUCUCUUUCCGCCGGAGCCGCGGCUCGAGCCGCCGCCGCCGCCCAGAACGAGCUGGCUCGCGCUGAGCGCCAUGCAGCCAAGGUCGCCGAACAGAGAGUCGCGCUCGACUCGGAGUCGGGGAUCGGAAUCGAUUUGCGUGAUAGGUCGGAAUUAUCUGUUCUCUCUCUCUCUCUCUCUCUCGUUUCUCCUGCUAACUCUUUAGACCCCGUGGCGUACUUACCGUCCGAGGUCAUGGCACAGGUCCUGGCGUAUCUUGACCCCGACUCUUUGAUGCGUGCCGAGCUGGUCUCAUCCGCCUGGCGCGACCAAGCCUCGUCGCAUCACGUCUGGCGACAUGUGUUCCGCCAGGCUCAUGGCCGUCACCGGGCCAGCGCCACUGCUACCAAGAAGAAGCAGUCAUCAGGCCUGGGAAAGACAAUGCCCAACCAGGACUGGAAGAAGAUGUUCCUCGUGCGCCGGGCCCUUGAAUAUCGGUGGAAAGAAGGCAAGGCGGCCGCCAUCUAUUUAAAUGGACACCAAGAUAGUGUCUAUUGUGCACAGUUUGAUGAGGACAAAAUUAUCACGGGUUCCCGCGACCGAACCAUCCGUGUCUGGGAUGCUCACUACCCCUGGGCCUGCCGCAAGAUUAUUGGACCCUCGCCCGGCAACUCGUCUAGCGCUGGUCCCAUGAACAACCCGGCGCAGCAGUCGACCGGCAAGGCUCCCUUUCUCACCAUCUCCCCGCCCUCGUCCGCUCCGGAUGAGGCGGAGCCGUUUGAGCUGCCUGGCGCAGAGAACUACCACAGCGCAUCGAUCCUGUGCCUGCAGUUCGACGACGAGAUCCUGGUAACAGGGUCCUCGGACUAUACCUGCAUCGUGUACGACGUGCGCAACGACUACCGGCCCAUCCGGCGACUGCAAGGUCACCGGGCUGGGGUGUUGGACGUGUGCUUCGACGACCGGUACAUCGUCUCGUGCUCCAAGGACAGCACGAUCUGUGUGUGGGACCGACAGACGGGGGCUUUGGUCAAGAAGCUGCUUGGCCACGAGGGCCCUGUCAACGCGGUGCAGCUGCGCGGGGACCUGAUCGUGUCGGCGAGCGGUGACGGGGUGGCUAAGCUGUGGAACAUCACCUCGGGAACGUGCGUUAAGGAAUUCCCCAGCAAGGACCGCGGCCUGGCAUGCAUCGAGUUCAGCGAAGAUGCCCGCACCAUCCUCACCGGUGGCAACGACAAGGUCAUCUACCAGUUCGACGCCAACACGGGCGAUCUCGUCCAGGAGCUCGAGGGCCACGAAGGGCUCGUCCGCUCGCUGCACCUUGACAGCCUCAACGGCCGCAUCGUCAGCGGAAGUUACGACAUGAGCGUCAAGGUCUUCGACGUCAACACCGGUGCCCUCUCCAUCAAUCUCCCAGGAUGGACUACCUCUUGGAUGCUCUCGGUCAAGUCCGACUACCGCCGUAUCGUCGCCACCAGCCAGGACUCGCGUGCCGUCAUCAUGGAUUUCGGCUACGGCCUGGAUGGAAUCGAACUUUUGGAGGAGUGGUAG